AUAACAUGAAGUAACAUAAUGUCAAGUAAUAAAGUAAUAAUGUAACGUGACCUACACGAAAAAAAGCAUAGAGUAAAGUAACUUAAUGUAAAAUAAUGUUAAGAAAUACAGUGUAAUGUAACGUGGUGUAUAGUAAAGUAACUUCAGAUAACAUAGUGGAAAGUAAAGCAUUGUAAAAUAAGAUUAAGUAAAGUAGUGUAAAGUAAAAUAUCAUAGAGGUAACUUUCCUGAGGUUCCUGGUUUUUGUUCACUCAAAUUUGAAGGGAGGUCGAGAUGCGGGAAAUAGCACACUAAAGCCAAACCUUAUUUAAAAGUUGAGCUCUGUGAAGGACAAAAAAGACAUAAAAUGAAUAAUUAAAACCCUCUGUUUAUAUUUGCUGGUGCCACUGCAGACAGACCCCAAGUUAUUAAAGUUAUAAUGACAUACCAUCUUCCAUUUAUCCACAAUCUAAAACUGAAACUAUGGAGGUAUGUUUGGUGCAAAACUAUUUGUGCCUUGUAAAUGUGAACUUGAACCCUUCUUUAGUCUUCUUAGAUGUACCUGAUGUGCCGUUUCAAACGAGAGCAGUCACCGUUGUACACAGGCCUCUGAUAACACUUUGACAGCUGUGUUUUUAUGGAGCUCUUGUUUUGUUUUGGUUUCUAUUCUUCCUUUUUUUUCUUUCUUUCUUUCUUUGCAUAGUUUCCAGAAAAUGCAGCUGAACAAAGCUACAAACAGCCCCACUAUUCCGCACUUAAAGGCUGAUCAUUCCCAGAAAAAUCGGGGGGACUUGUUACUUGCAAACAAGUUUCAUUAGUGCAGAUCAAGCAGCUGCAAUGAGUAAAAAUCAAAACACGUAAACAGGUCGUUUCUGUUCAAUUCCCUCUCUGUUUGCAUGGGCCUGGAUCGAAUGUCGGGUGAUGCUGAGCCGAGGAGGCAGAAUUUAGAGAACGGAAACAUUUUUCUCAUCUGGUCCUGCGUCUCCUAUCCUCGCUGCCGUGGUGUUCAGUGGGCGAUGCAGCGACUCCUCCCCACCUCAGGUAGACUCCCACCUCCACCAGAUGUCUCCUUCCCUCAGUCCAAACCUGCCUCACUUGGAGUCACCGUCUCCGUCUGUCUGGCUCCCACAGUAACGGACUUGUGCUGAGAUGCCCGAGUCUCCUCUGAGUCCCUCGGCAGCCCGUCAAACUCCAGCCAGCAGCCUGCUCAGCCACACGGACGCCGGAGCGGGGGAGAAAGCGGCUAAUGGGGACUCCUGCAGCGGAGUGAGGGUGCAAAGCUGCCAGAGCCUCCUCCACAAACAGGUGUUCCUGGCCAUGAUGGCUCCUCAGCAGCUGCAGCAGCUGCUGCCGCCCGGCCAGCUGCAGCAGCUGCAGGCUCUGAUCCGCCACAAGCAGCAAGCCCUCCUGCUCCAGCAGCAACACCUGAAGGAAUUUUACCAGCAGCAGCUUCAACAGCAGAUCAGCAAGAAAGUCAAAGAGCAGCUGAUGGUCCAGCAGAACCCGGCCGCCUCUCCUCCCGGCCUCUCCUCGGGUUCAGGCUAUUUCGGACCCGCGGAGAUGCAGAAGUUGUGGAAGGAACUCAGAUCGGCUCUUUCUGACGACAGGACGGCGACGAGCGGGAGCCGGAAAACGUCCGCUCGAGUCGAGCCGACCGGGGACCGGCUGUCUGCGUCUCCUCCCGGAGCGGAUCGCAGCGGUGCAGACGGGGACCAGGCUCUCGCGCGCGCCCUCUUCGGUCACGGAGUGUGUAACUGGCCCGGAUGUGAGUCCGUCUGUGAAAACGUCGCCCAGUUUGUCCAACACAUGAGCAGCGAACACACGCUGGACGACAGGAGCACCGCCCAGUGUCGAGUCCAGAUGCAGGUGGUCCAGCAGCUGGAGCUGCAGCUCUGCAAAGAGCAGGAGCGUCUACAUGUGAUGAUGGCUCACCUGCGCCUGCCCUCGCCGCGCGGCGCCGCGGCCGCUGACCACCGCAGCCCCCAGCUCCGUCCAGCGUCGCUGGCCGGCAAAGCGUCUCUCUCUCUGAGACACCAGAGACCUCUGAGCGCCGCCGGCUCCCCGCCGCAGGGCCGCGAGGAAGACGAAGAGCCACCUCGGCCUCGGGCCGCGGGACACCGGCAUCACGCUCUGGUGUUCUCUCUGUCUUCAGAGAAUGAAUAUGAACUUUACCAGAACGCUGACAUCAGACCACCGUUUACCUACGCGGCCCUGAUCCGACAGGCUAUCACAGAAGCCUCAGACAUGCAGCUAACACUCAACGAGAUCUACAACUGGUUCACCAGGACGUUCGCGUAUUUCAGGCGGAACGCCGCCACCUGGAAGAACGCGGUCCGCCACAACCUGAGCCUGCACAAGUGCUUCGUGCGCGUGGAGAACGUGAAAGGCGCCGUGUGGACGGUGGAUGAGGAGGAAUACCACAGGAGGAGGUCUCAGAAGAUCGCAGGGAGUCCAUCACUGGUGAAAAAUGUCUGCUCCAGUCUGUCUUUGGGCACCGCUCUGCACUCCACCUUCCAGGCCGCGCUGGCAGAGGCCUCGCUGCCGGGCCUCAAGAGGGAGCGCUCGAGCCGAACCCUUCGAGGAAUCGACAAAGCGGCCGACGGCAGCGGCCGAAAACGAAACCUCUCUCCUCCGGUCCAGCAGCAACUUUACUUCGAGAGAGUGAACAGUGACGACGACGGUCAGCUGCCGACACUCAAUCCGGUCAGUCUGCAGCCUCUGAUCCACGGAAACAGCGAGGAGCUUUUGUUUGACCUCGAGUGACCUUCCACCUUUACGAUUCAGUACCGCCAGUUCAAGCUCUCAUUUAACCUCCUGAGAUGUCGGAGAUGGUACUACUGCAACUUUGUAGAGGUGUUUGAUUUGAAGAGGGUUUGAAAUGAAAUGCAGACACUUUGCUAAAGUGUCCGUGACCUUUGACCUUCCCCACUGUUUGCAGCCACAAUUGGAUUUCUUGCAAAAUACGAAAUUACAAGCGAUUGAUCUGAUUUAAUCGUGAUUAAUCAAUUAUAGGAAUAAUCGUCAACUAAUUUAGUAAUUGAUUAAUCGUUAACUGGAGUGUACAGACUCAAAAAAAGGGUAAUUUACCAAAAGAACAAGAUAUUUAGAGCAGUAAUUAAGCCAAAAUUGGUAAAAAAAACAAAACGUUUAUACAUUUUGCCUUUAAGAUGAAGAGGGAAAAAAGUCUUUGUCCUCAAGUUACAGUUUUAUCUACACCUACUUCUAAUUCUGUAAAAAAAAAAAAAAAUUUAAUUCUGUAUUACUUGAGUUUUGUAAUGUAUCGCUAAUAUUGGAUUAAGAAAAAGUUUACGCUGUUAAAGGAAAAAUCUGCUGAAUAUGACGAUUUAUUUCAACCGAUUCAUCGAUUAAUCGUCAGAACAAUUGAUAGAAAAAUGUAUUUCUAAAAUAAUUGUUAGUUGUCUUAAGUCCAGCCGCCUUCCUCUCAACUCUGAUCAGCCUCCAUGUUCUCCUGCUGAUGAAAAGCAACCCCCCCACAGCAUGAUGCUGCUGCCACUGUGCUUCACAAUGGAUGGGGAGGAUUUCUUCAGGUAGUCUUUAGAUUCUCCUGCUGUGUCAACUAUAAGACAGAACUUUCUUUCACCAGUCAGAUUCUCGUCACUUGCACAGCUCCACCAGUUGCUCUCUCACAGAAAAUCCCAACGAAACAUUAAACUUUGUGUUUGUAUCUUGAUAAAAUAUGAAGUUCAGAGGUCGUAGAUACUUUUGCAAGGCUGUGUAACAGUACUGGAUGAAAGAAAUCUGCUCUUUUGGCAGCUGUUUAACAUGUAAUUGUAUGGAUAAUGCAAUAAUUUAAUCUUUGUGUGUCAAAACGUCUGGGUUCGGUCAGUUUGUUACAAACAUUUAACUACAUCACUUUGUCAGAGGAUCUCUGCAGGAAGAGGCCACGAUUAUGGGAUAUUAUCAUAUCGAUGGCUCAAACGGUGCUCAGAUUCAGUUACACAUUUUAAGUCCUGUUUAUCCAUUUUGGCAUUACGCAACAUUUCUCCCUACCUGUAAAAAACCCGCAUUCCUCAUCCAGUUCCAGACGUGGAAAAAAGCAAACCUGUGUAGCUCCUGAGAUAAAUCACAAUCAAGACAAAAAUGCGACAAUUGUACGUUUAAUGACCGAAAACGAUGUUGAAUUUUAAAUUAAAUUAGGCAGGGGGGGGGUUUUCUUCUUUUUUUUCUCGUUAUUGUCGCUGUGGGUUUUAAAGUAACUCUGUCAGACGUUUUAAAUGCAACUUUUCAUUUUCAGGUCAAGUGAUUUUUUUUCCCCUCCUUUCUUUGUAAAAGCUUACUGGGACGGAUGAUCAACAAAGCUCAUAUGUGAAAGGAAAAACAAAACGUCUGUGUCAAAAUGGCGCGAGUAAAUACUCUUGUAAGCACAGACAAGUAAAACUCUCAGCUAUGUGUUAAGAAGUUGCGAGUUAAAUUUGGAUUCAUUGGAUUGUUUGUCAUCCGUGUUCGUGUGUGAUUAAAAGGUGAGCGAGACGGUAGCGUGUAACAGCUCAGGAGUUUUCCUGAGUCUUUCUCCAAACAACAAAAACGUGACCUUUGUGUACCGAGGUCAUGUUCCCUGUGGUGGGUUCUGUCGGACUGGAUUUGUAAAUAGAGUCGUCGUCGUCGUCGUCUUCUUUGAUUAUUUAUUUUCGGCGGGGUGUUCAGGUAACCCCGACGUUUAUUUUCACCAUGGCAACUUGUCCACUGUAUAAAGAUAAGGUCAACUCUGAGCACGUUGUAAUGAAAGUUUCUGUCCGCAGGUGUGAGUCCGAUGUGUGUCACUGAAUAAAAUAUGUCAGCUUAUUGUGCAUUUUAA